AUGCAACAUCUCACAGCAAUCAACGACACCCAACUUGUGCUGAAGGAAAGGACUGCUGAGUCAACUCAACAUCAGCUGAGGGGGAACCACGGUGAGAAAAGGGCCUCUUUAGGGAUAAAAUCACAGCUGAAAAGUAAGCAAGAGCUGGAAAAAAAAGGAAGAGACAUUUACAAGCAUCCAUGGGAGCGAGUAACUUCGGCUUCUCGGCGUAAGUUCGCUGAUCCUGAGAACAAGCGGACGUUGUCUCACAUACUUGAAGUUGACACGUUGAAUCAUAAACUUGAUUCUCUCUCUGGUAAGCUCUACACUACACGUGCUCUUACCAUCCUUGCUCCAGGGCCAUGGUUUGUUCGCAAAAUCAUCGGCCAGGAUAUCUGCCACUGUGUUGAAUCAACUGUUGUUGAUGCCCAAUCUAAGUCGAUGCAACUCAUUGGAUUCAAAAAUUAUUGGAAUGAUUUCAUGAUGAAAGCUGAUACCCAAGUUUUCCUGUUCCGGAACAAAACUGCUGAGCACGAUACCAUUGUUGUUUGCUUCAUAGGAACGCGACCAUUUAGUGCCGAUGAUUGGUGUUCGGACGCCGAUCUGUUUUGGUACGAAUUCAACGGCAUCGGAAGGAUUCACAGUGGUUUCUUGAAAGCUUUAGGGAUACAAAAAAAUUGUGGGGGGCCUUUCAAUUUCCUGGCACUAAAGAGAUAA